CCUUGAAUUGACCGAUCUUUCGGACAUGAUACUAUACUCUAACACUUAAAGAUCAAAAUCUAGGUGUUAACUCUCCCAAUCUUAUACUCCAAGAUCAAUUUAAUUAGAAAUAAUAAUCGACGGUUAUGAUUCAUCCAAAUAUAGGCACAAAAAGGAAUGCACCAUCUUAGGGUUUAUAGAUUAUGAUUUAGAUAAUUAUGACCUAGGGUUCACUCAUUAAGGGUUAGGGUAUAAUAUCAGACACAAAAAUUCUGGUAAUUCGAGGUUUAGAUAGAGUUUCCAUACUCGAGGUAUGCGGCACCCCGGAUUUCACCCGGGGUACCAUAGAAGCCACCAUUUAUAUAUAUACUAGGAUGUGAUGCGCGCGUUGCCGCUUUGUGCGGUGGUUGUCAUUUGUUUGUAGUGUAAUUUUAUUGUUGUUACCAUUACUUAGUAUUUAGUUUUCACUAUUAUUUAGAUGUAUUAUCCUAAUGCUAAGGAGUGAUUGCGCAAAUAUGAGUGGGUGGGUAGGAACAUACUCAAAGGAGUAAGAGAGAAUUUCUCAAUGAACAAAAAAUUAUGCAUAAAAGAAUAUUUAUUGAGGCUUUAAAUUAGUAGAAAUGAUCGAGCAGUACUCCCCAUGAUUCGUCCUGGGGAGAGAUCGAGCUUCAAGAAAUAGUGCAUGGUCUUAUCAAUACACAAAUGUAUAACUCUCCAAGGAUUGACGUAUUUAAAGUGGUAGUUAGGUUGUAUAACUCUCCAAGGAUUGACGUAUUUAAAGUGGUAGUUAGGUAAUGAUAGAGUGUUCAUUUAACAAAUACAUACAUAUACAUCUCUAAUGCACUAUGUACUUAUUUGUUAUACUAAUUCACAAAACUACCUUGUUUUCUAUUCUAAUUCUUCAAACAUUUUUUAGAUACAAUUAUCACCUAUUGUGUUGUUAUGGUUGUUUUUUUAGAUUUGAUUUUUUUUCAAGGUGUAUUGUAAUGAUAGUUGUUUAUUAUUGGUUAUUUAUUUACCAUUUAUAAUAGUUGUUGGAAAUUCCUAGCACAAGUGGCAAGGAAAACUCUAAAGAAACAAAGAAAUAAAAAGUGGAAUUUAACAUUAGCCCAAUAAUUAGUAGGAAAAAAUAUUUUUGAACCAGAUUGACUAAUGAAAUGAAAAAAAGUAGUAUUUGCGAAAUCGUAUCAUACCAGUUAUCCAAUUGGAUAUCGAAGCUCAAGUCGGUAUAGAUUUUACUGUAUCAAACCUUGCUUCUAAAAUUAAACCACGAUUUAAGAAUAAAUAUCCUAACAUCGACUUGUCAAAUAUAAUCUUCGGUGCAAUUUUACAACCUUUGGAAAUUAUUGAUGCACGAAUCAAUAGUUAAUCAUUACUAUCCAUUCGGUAAAUGACUUAAGACCGAUACUUAACUGAUAGUCUAAACGCAUAAAUAAUUCUACGACUGCAACCGGUUGGAGGUUUUAUUGGUCCGGUCAAUGGGGAGGGUUAGGGUGGCAACUCAUUUUCAAGUUGUCACCGUGGCUACUUAGGGAUCAGCCAUCCAUAUCCUGUGCCACCCAUCUUUUGGCCCAGAUUUGUCAAGGGAAAAUUCAGGAGCUGCACACAGGAUCAAAACCCAUCCUACGUCAAUUACGCUAGGCCUCCUCGUAUUUCGUCCGUCCCUUCUCUCUCCUUCUUCAAUAUCCCUGCAGGCAACGCUGCAAUGACCGCCGUUCUGCAUCCACUUGCCCCCAACAUCAGAAGAGAAACUGUCGUAGCCCCGUUCGCACCGACGAUCACUUCAAUUGGCGAACCCACGACGUCUUCUCUGGCUGCGUUUCGUUCUUCACUCGCCGGCAGAGUCCACCCUCUCCAUCUCUCUCUCUCUCACUCUGUCGCGGUGAGGAUUUUUCGUCGGUGCGACGACGACGAGGAGCCGCCGAAUGAUUCCAGAUCUGACCUACGAAGGAUUUGGUAGUGAUUUAGCUUUUAGGUUGUUUGGAAUGGUAGUUCCAAUAAUGCAUUGGUAGUGUGUAGGUUGUUUGAAUGGUAGGUUCCUUUCAUGCAUUGGUAGUUUUCUGGAUACCAGUGAUUCUGUGCUAUUUGGUGUGGAAUGGUAAUGUUCAUUUGUCAUGGUAGCGUGUAUGUUAUUUGGAAUGGUAGGUUCUUUUCAUGCAUUAGUAGUGAUCUGCAUACCUGUGAUAUUUGGUGUGGAAUGGUAGUCUUCAUUUUGAAUGGUAGUUUGUGUUCCAUGCAACGGUAGUCAUGUUUGGUGUGGAAUGGUAGUGUUCAUCCGUAAUGGUAGUGUGUUGAUAGACCGUUAAUUACACAUGUUUUUACCCCUGUUCUUACACCGUUUGAGAUGUGAUUUCUCGUGUUUUAGGCCGAUUUCACGCUAGGUUGUGCUUGUUUGUGAUAUUUCAGGUCCUAGUACGUGAAUGGAGGCUUGGGAGCGAGUUUGGGGUCGAUUGGAUGAAGAUCGGGCGCGAGGCAAGGCAAAAAGGAAGCCACAUGGGCGCAACCAGAAGCCACACGGCCGUGCAAGUGACAAACCUGGCCGUGUGGGAUUAUGGAGCCAGAACACGGCCGUGUUCUGUGGCCGUGCAUUUACCGGCGAGAGCAAACACGGGCAGGAUGAAAUCUUACACGGCCGUGCGACCCUGGCCGUGUAAGAAGCCUGGAAUUCGACUAAGUGAUACGGUGCGUUUUGACUCACACGGGCAACUGGGUAUGCCACACGGCCGUGUGGCCCUGCCCGUGUGAGUCGGGAUUUCCUGGUUUUAAGCCAAAUUUCGAACCAAAGAGGGGAAGAGCUGGGUUUUUGGAUCCCAAACACCCAAGGGACGAACCAAAGAGAGAGAGGGCGAUUUGAGGGCAUUCUUGGAGUGGAAUUGGAGGAUUUCUUCGCCUUGGAAGCUCGAGGAACAAGCCCGGACUUGAAGACUGAUCAUCUGAAGAUUCUUACUGCAGUCUCUCUCUUCUCUAUGGAGUAACUUCCCUUCACUUAGGUUUUGAGGAACCCUAGCUAUGUUUGUUUGAUUGGAUGAUUGUAUGAGUACUCUGACUUGAUAAUCUUGAGUUCAUAUUCAAUCUAUGCAUGUUUUCAUGAUUCAAUUCUGCUUUAGUCGAGAUUAUUGAUUCUGCUUUGAUCCUAUGAGAGGGAAUACCUGAUUAGGUCAAUAGAGCACCAUAGAUUGAUAGUAGUGGAUCGAUUACUUUAGUCGAUGGUUGAUUCACUGCUUUGUAUCGAUUGAGAACCUCUUUCGAUAUAGGGAGUCUAGUUCAGAACACCUUGAUCAGUUGUUCUAUAGAAGGAUACGUCCCUCUAGACAAUUGACUCAAGAGGGCCUUGUUCCUUUAGUCGAGACUCAAGGUCUAGUCAAGGAUUCUCCGCAUUGUGAAUGAAAGUGAAACAAGUUGGAAAUCAUCAAUCGUUAGUCUGGCUAGUGGCUAGGGGGAAUCAUACCUAAGUGAGUUCCCAACCUGUAAUUAGAUUAACUUUAACUGCAGUUUGCUAGAGUAGUUUUAGUUCUUUCAUCUUAAUCUGGUUUGCUAAAUAAUAAACUGAAGCUGAGUAAUAGUAACUCUAGAGACCCGUGGAUUCGAUAUUUAUCACUUGAGCCAUUAUACUGCAGUCCCUUCCAUUGGUUACACUUGGCCAUUGUUAGGUGUUGUGUCAUAGCGAGUCAUGUUUUUGGCUCCGUUGCCGGGGACUUUCUAGAGUAUUAGGAAAGGCAGAAGUUUGUUACUUUAGCGUUUUUCUUUUCUUUUCUUUUCCACCCUUGCUUUUCACUUGGGUGUUUUUUGUUUUUGUUGGUGCAGAUCUGAAUCAUGGAUCCUCAUGGCUUCUCCAACAAUUGGGGGUAUCCACCACCACCCGAGUGGUAUUACCCCGAGACUCCCUGGAGCAAUCAAGGAGGAGAAGACUAUGGAUUCGGGUUCCAGUACCAACCCCCUUACUACAGAGAACAACCGGACCCCUGGGCAUAUCAAGAACAACCUCAUUACCAAGAAGAAUUUCUCCCACAACCAGAAGGGCCAUUGGAGCUGGAGUUACCCAUGGCGGCCUUCACGGGCCAUUCUGCAGAGCCAUGCUACACUCCACAGCCAGAUCCACACUAUGAAUUGAGGCUUCUCAUGGAGAGAUCAUGCUCCAGGAUGGAUCAUUGUGUCCAGGCCUAUCGUGAAACAAAGGAGAUCCUCCUGAGCCUUAAGAAGAGCGUCGAUGAUCUUGAGCGAUCUUGGGCGCAAUCUGCUCCAGAUCACCCUUCUGCUACCAUACGAGAAGAGGAGGAGGACGAAGAAGGCUACAAGGACAUUGUGGAGCACACUGAAGUUGUCACGGAGAGCUCCCGUGAUGAUCAUGAGCUUUGAAGAGGCGGGCAUGAGUGAGGAGAUGCAAGAAGAUCUCAUGAAAGAAAUUGCUUGGCAACUUGCUCUCCAAUCCGUGCUAGAAGAAGAAGAGCAAGAAAGGGUGCAGAAAGAAGUUGUGGAGGAUGACGAAAGUGAAGCAAGAGGAGUUCUUGAUCAUUUCCCAGGGGUGAUACCACAUGAAGAAGGAAGGGAGGUUGAAGAAGAAAUUGGCGUCUAGGCUGAGGACGGAGUUAAGGUGGAAGAGGCCUGCACCGGCCAUGAGUUACAUGUGAUAUCGCCACCAAACUUCGAGGAGCUGCUUGGCAAGGACCCAUUUGCAGUGUCUCUUUGCCAGAACAAGGCCACCUCGACAUCGGUCCCUCUUUGUGGACGCGAUGGUGGCCAAUCAAUGCUGUCAUAUCUGGUUUGGGGCAAUGAGACGAGAGAAGAGAAGAAGAGGUCUCGAGGGUGGAGACUUCAUAUGCAUCAAGUACAUGAGCCUUCAUCACCUGCCACACCACAUGCUCGUGACUUGAGACUCCACCUCAUCGACGAGAACCUCAACUUCAAGGAGGUUCUAGCAUGGACCAAAACUUAGGAGACAUCGUCUGGCUCACGACGUGAAAGAAGCGCUUGUUGGGAGGCAACCCAACCAGUCGGUUUGCAUUUCUUUCUCUAUUUCUCCUCGGUUGAGUCAGUUUUGUUAUUUGAUUUUAGAGUCAAUAACUCAACCUUUGUGAGAUUCUGUGUGGUGUUUGUGUUCUGAUUACUCUCUCUUUCUGGAAUGCACCGCCUGACCCGUUCAUCAUCGUUCACCCUUGAUCUGGUAACUUCGUUCUACCCUCCUUAUCUUUCCUCCAUUGAGGACAAUGUCGUGAUUAAGUGUGGGGGGAUGUUCGAUUAUUUAUGCGGGUGAAUGUUUGGCUGUUUGUGUGCUUGGAGCUUAGUCCACUGUCCAAAUUUUUAAAUUUGAGGGCUCCAAGUACGUGUUUCCAUGCAAUUGCCUGCUCAGUAUGCUUUGAAUUGACAGUCUCUAUAGUAAUAUGCAACCUAGGGAGGUGGUGUAGCACUUUUGGAGGAUGUUGAUGCAUUUAGGAAAUCUCAUUUCUUCUUCAUAUUGUGUUGGUUGAUUGAGUGAAUUAGUGAUCUUAGGACCCUUGAAUUGUGUGGUGUUGUGGAUUCUCUGCCUGUCAUGGACUCUUGUAUCAUGUUUUAAGUUUAACAGGUGCUCGAAAAUGUGCUUCAAAAUAACGUCUCCCGUGCGAAUAGGGCGAAAAUGUGUAAGGGGAGACGGGAACCCGUUCCCAAUUUCCACCUACUACCUCCAGCCCCCUUACAUGUCUUUCCCCGCAUGAGGCUCGAGACAUCCGCUCCUGGCAUGGCUGGUAAGAGCAGGUUGGGACCCUUGGAAAAAAAAAACAGAAAACAAGCAAAACAGAAAGAAAAGGGGUGCCAACCAUCUUCAAAGAAUAUAGAGCACCUUGAAAAAUGUGAGUCCAUGAUCUUUUGUUGUUGAGAAUCUCUUCAUCCACAGUUCAUUUGUCCUCUGUUCACUAUUUGCCAUGAUGCCGACUCGAUACUAGUGCUUUCGCCGAAGAAGCUAUGAGAUGACUUGUGCGUCGGUUGACCUCGUAAGAUGCUAAAUGAUCUAGGAAGUCCUCUACCUACGAUCUGGGUUGUUUGUUGCUAUAGAGGUAUGGAGAGCUGCAUUGGUUUGAGUUAGGUUUGCUUGGGGACAAGCAAACGAUUAAGUGUGGGGGAGUUUGAUAGACCGUUAAUUUUACAUGUUUUUACCUCUGUUCUUACACCGUUUGAGAUGUGAUUUCUCGUGUUUUAGGCCGAUUUCACGCUAGGUUGUGCUUGUUUGUGAUAUUUCAGGUCCUAGUACGUGAAUGGAGGCUUGGGAGUGAGUUUGGGGUCGAUUGGAUGAAGAUCGGGCGCGAGGCAACGCAAAAAGGAAGCCACACGGGCACAACCAGAAGCCACACGGCCGUGCAAGUGACAAACCUGACCGUGUGGGAUUAUGGAGCCAGAACACGGCCUCUGUGGCCGUGCAUUUACCGCCGAGAGCAAACACGGGCAGGAUGAAAUCUUACACGGCCGUGCGACCCUGGCCGUGUAAGAAGCCUGGAAUUCGACUAAGUGAUACGGUGCGUUUUGACUCACACGGGCAACUGGGUAUGCCACACGGCCGUGUGGCCCUGCCCGUGUGAGUCGGUAUUUCCUGGUUUUAAGCCAAAUUUCGAACCAAAGAGGGGGAGAGCUGGGUUUUUGGAUCCCAAACACCCAAGGGACGAACCAAAGAGAGAGAGGGCGAUUCGAGGGCAUUCUUGGAGUGGAAUUGGAGGAUUUCUUCGCCUUGGAAGCUCGAGGAACAAGCCCGGACUUGAAGACUGAUCAUCUGAAGAUUCUUACUGCAGUCUCUCUCUUCUCUGUGGAGUAACUUCCCUUCACUUAGGUUUUGAGGAACCCUAGCUAUGUUUGUUUGAUUGGAUGAUUGUAUGAGUACUCUGACUUGAUAAUCUUGAGUUCAUAUUCAAUCUAUGCAUGUUUUCAUGAUUCAAUUCUGCUUUAGUCGAGAUUAUUGAUUCUGCUUUGAUCCUAUGAGAGGGAAUACCUGAUUAGGUCAAUAGAGCACCAUAGAUUGAUAGUAGUGGAUCGAUUGCUUUAGUCGAGGGCUGAUUCACUGCUUUGUAUCGAUUGAGAACCUCUUUCGAUAGAGGGAGUCUAGUUCAGAACACCUUGAUCAGUUGUUCUAGAGAAGGAUACGUCCCUCUAGGCAAUUGAAUCAAGAGGGCCUUGUUCCUUUAGUCGAGACUCAAGGUCUAGUCAUGGAUUCUCCGCAUUGUGAAUGAAAGUGAAACAAGUUG